AUGGCUUCGCCGCCGUACGCUACCUCGCCAUUGGCCUUGUCGCCGCCGAAUCCGUCGCCAGCACAGCUUCCCAACAAGAAGCGACCGUCUCCUCUGGACGGUAACGCCCCCCCCAUCAAGCGUCGGAAGCCUUCCAGCCUGUCACAAUCUUCGGCCCCUGCCCAUCCGCUACGGCAGACUUCCUUCCCGCCCGAGGGCAGAUCCCCGUAUGCGCGAUCGCCAUCCGUCGACGCCACCUCCAUCGUGAGCGGCGGCGCCCACAGCGCAGCAGCCAGCGGAGUCGCGAGGAAGAAGAGAGGCCGCAAGUCCAAGAACGCAAAGGGCGACGAGGGCGAAGGGACGCCAAGCCUGGUCGGGGGCAGAGCGCCCACCAGCGUGAGCGGACAGGGUGGCGACAAGGAGGCCGAGGACGACGAGGACGACGAGGAGAAUGGGGAAAUGGCGGUGGAGGCGUCGGGCGCCCGUACGCAGGAACAGAAGCAGGAAGAGAUCCGGCUGAGAGCCAUGCUGGUGGAGGCCUUUGACAGCGAGCAGUACAACCGAUACGAGCUGUGGCGAGCCGCCAAGCUGUCCGACGCCGUCGUCAAGAGGGUGGUCAACGCGACGGUGUCGCAGUCGGUGCCGCAAAUGGUCAGCACGGCGGUCAAGGCGGUCGCCAAGCUGUUCGCCGGCGAGAUCAUCGAGGCGGCGCGAAACGUGCAGGGCGAGUGGAUCUCUGCGGGCGAGAAGCAGACGGAUCUGCCGACGCCGCCGCCGUCAACGGACGACGGGGCCAACGACGGGGCGGGGGAGCCCGAGGUCAGGCGAGGUCCGAUGCGGCCAGACCACCUGCGGGAGGCGUGGCGACGAUACAAGCUGUCUGGGGAGAGUCGGGGCGUGGGCGUGCAGCAGCUGUGGCACGCACAGCAGGGCAGCGGCGUGGAGAGAUUUUCAACGAGGACACGAAGGCGAUUGUUUAGAUGA